AUGCAGUUGCUGGUUAUCGGCUGCACUUUCCUCACGCUGUCACAGCGUGAGGAAAGUACUGCCGAUAACUGGCAAUUGUCAGAGGACGGAUUGGCACCGAUCAUUAGGGUACUGGUGAUCAGUGCCCUGAUGAUCAGUGCCCAGUAGUGCCACCCACCAGUGCUGCCCACCUGUGCCCAGCAGUGCCAUCCACAAGUGCCGAGCAGUGUCACCCACCUGUGCACAUCAGUGCCUAGCAGUGCCACCCAUCAGUGCCGCCUAUCAGUGCACAUCAGUGCAGCCUCAUCAACGCACAUCAGUGAAGGA